CCCCCCCACUUUCCCAACGCGCCACCAAGAGGGUUACCUUCCUUCUGCUGCAAGGCCACGGCGUGGAAAUUGCAGGCACUAACUUUAAACUGUUUACAUCAGUGCGACUAGUUGCCUGUUGAAGCCCUGCGGAAUUAGUACAAAUCGAAACCGUUUCUUCUGGCAUUUCAGUGUAUUUUAGUAAAUCCUUGUUUUUCCCUCUCAACAUUUUUUAUCACGCGUAAAUAAAUGCAUUUUUAUUUGUAACUGUAUUGGAGAAGUACCUCGAAUUUACUGUAUAAUUGGAUUGAAAAAAAUGGAGCGAAUCCCAAGCGCGCAACCACCUCCUCUGUCCAAACACCAGGCUGAUCUGUCGGACUUGCAGGGGAUGGAUUUCCCGAUGUAUGUUUAUAAACCCAGGCGAGGAAUGAAGAGAGGGGAGGAGAGCAAGGAAACCUACAAGCUGCCUCACAGACUUAUUGAGAAGAAAAGGCGUGACCGGAUAAACGAGUGCAUCGCACAGUUGAAAGAUUUAUUACCAGAGCACCUGAAACUCACGACUCUGGGCCAUCUGGAGAAGGCUGUGGUUUUAGAGCUGACGCUCAAGCACGUGAAAGCCCUCACCUCUCUUCUGGAGCAGCAGCAGCAGAAGAUCCUUGCUCUACAGAACGGCAUGCAAAUUGGUGAGCUGCAGAUCACUCACACACACACACACACACACGAGAAGUCAGAGGAGAUGUUUCUCUCUGGCUUCCACAUUUGUGCCAAGGAGAUGCUUCAGUAUCUAGGCAAUCAUGAAACUGAUGGAGAUUUCACGCCAUCCCAUGUGAUCAAUUACCUUCACAAGUUAGCCGCAGAGGUGCUGCAAAGUCCGCUCCGACCCCGCACUCCUCCCAGCCCUCAACCUGAAGAAAUCCCUGUCUACCGCCAGCACCAACCUCACAAGGAGAUGCCCACCAGCGCACCCUCUAAACCCACAGAAGGCUAUGGGAGGAACUGUGUGCCCGUCAUCCAGCGGGCGCACGCUCCAACGAGCAGUGAGCAGAGUGGCAGUGAUACGGAUACAGACAGCGGCUAUGGUGGCGAGCUGGAGAAGACUGAAUCUGGGGCGCAACAGGGACGUCCAGAUUACUACGGUCAUGAGAGCCAUCUGAAGCGAGCACACGCCGAGAGGCAGAGCUCCGGUAUCAAACAAGAGGAGGACGAGCCGUGCCACAAACGCCCCCGGGUGGAGUCGUCGGAGGACUCAGGAGGAGAAUCAUCAAUGUCAUCGUCUAGCGGCUACGGCAGUUACUUGAGCGUAUCCCCCAACCGUCCAACUCCUCCACAUCCCCUCUGCAUGCCUUUCUACCUCAUUCCACCUUCCGCUGCAGCGUACCUGCCAAUGCUGGAGAAAUACUGGUACCCCGGGGCCAUGCCCAUGCUCUACCCUGGCAUGGGAGGCUCUGCACCCACCAUGCCCAGCGAAAGACCGCCUCCACCUCAGCUACUGUUGUCUCCUAGGGGAGGCUCUCCGGCCCCAGCCAUAUCUCAGACCCCCAUGGACUCCCCUGCCCUCCUUCAGGCAUUAAAGCAGGUACCACCCCUCAACCAGGAAACCAAAGACUGAGAGAAGCGGGGUGAAGAGGUGAUCCUGUUCUAGUACCCAGGAGUAGAGACAGUAGUAGGAAUGAAAACAUGACUGAGCCUUUCCAUAACCCAUCCUCAUUCCCGUUCUCUGUUCCUCAGCCUGGAGGUCAAACAGCAAACUGGAGGACUUGUAGACAUGAUCAAGAGGAGAUGGAGGAGAGAGCAACAUCCGUCCACACUUGAAGGACGCAAAGCUCUGGUUGAAUGUUAAAUGCUCAGUGGUAUUACUCAGUGCAAAUGUAUCGUAUAAACUGGACCUGCCCUGCAUACACACCAACACACACACAUACUUAGCUGAAUGUAAAGAAAGAUACGUUUUAGAUGCUGCUGUUAAAGUUUAAACGCCAAUGACUGAUGCAUCUUGUAGCUGCAAUAGAGACACGUCAUCUUUGUACUUUAGAAAGUGUUGCACCAAAUGUUAGAGGUCAUUUUUCACCCAAAGUUUGUUGCCCAUGUCCUUUAGGUCGCCAUUACGCUCAUCACUGGGAAUGCCCAUAGAACCAGACACUAUGAUGACUGGCACCAUACACAAGGGUUUCCUCAAAUGUGUACAGACGAGAGUAAAGGUACACCCAAUGCAUGGAUGAAGGAAUGGGCCACCACAUGACAACACUGAAUGAGAAGUCUUGUUUUUAAUUGACAGACAAGUUCAGAUGGAUUUCCUGUAAUUAUUGUUCAUAGCCUUCUUGUACAUUUCUAUUUUUGAUACCUGUUCUCGCACUCUGUCCGUCCGAAGAGAUAGAAGGUGGGCGGCGUGCAGACAAUUGUACGUUCUGUACUCAAAAAAAACUGUGUACAAACUGUAGCACUGUGCUGGACCUGGUCUGCAUACUCGACAUCUGUUUCUGCUCAAGUCAAACCUGGUGUUUGUUCUUGCUGUUGCCUUUUACUUGUGAAAAGCUGAUAAAUCUCAGAUGUUUAUUCUCUGUACUACGUAUGAAUAGUGUCAAAGGAGUGAGGAGGAGAGAAGUUGAAUGUAAAAGUUUUACCAGAAGACUAGUUUUCUAUAGAAAGAGGUACUUGAGAUUUUAUAUUUUGGGACCUACAUGAAAGAUGUUUUGAUGUACAUAUUUUGUCUAUAAAUGUUGGUAUACAUUAUAUAAGUGUAUUAAUAAAGUAUUUUUUUCCUGUGGAAAA